AUGGCUGCUGAGGGCCAAAACAAGCGGAAGGCAACAGACAAUGCUUCUAACACUAUUAUUGCACCUAAACAUAACAAAAUAACAUCAUCUGUCAACUUGGAACAAGCUACAAAAAUACGGACCGAAGAAGAGGAGGCAUCUCUCACAGAUGCCAUUGUAAUCUCUGAUGAUGAUGCAGAAAAGGCCAAGGAAAGUUCAGUAGAAGAUGUAGCAGAAUCCUUGGAGGCCGAACUAGAAAAACUCAUGAAGGAUUGGGUCUCACCUAUAUAUGCUUUUUUUCACCCGACACCGGCAAUCGAGUAUCAUGAGCAGCGCCGCUGCCAUGUCUUCAAAUGUGCAGCCCACAGCUGCAACCACAAAGUUUGGCGUUACCUUGAUAAGAAAGAUGCAAAGUCAACAAGCAACAUGCGUAAGCAUGUGAAGAGCUGUUGGGGCGACGCAGCAUUACAAGCCGCAGUUGAUUGCGGCAACAUGAAAGCGGCAUGCGAUGGGCCAAUCAAGAGUCUACUUGAAAUGGGGUCAAUCAAACUUUGUUUGAUCGCAAAGGCAAGGGGAAAAUUACUUACUCACAUCGGCAACACACACGAGCAGAAUCACGGUAAUAGUGCCGAGAUUGUGUGA